AUGAAAAUAAGUAAAACAUUUAUUUCUAUGCUAGAUUCUAUCAAUUAGUAUAACAAAUCCAUCAAUUUGAUUUUUUUGAAAUUUAUAUGUUUGUACAUUAUUUGGAUUAAUUAUGUUACUGGAGGAAGAGUUUCACCUUAUGGAUCCUAAUUUAUUGUACUUUCAAGUACUAACCCUAAUACAAUAGCAGAUUACUACUUUUCUAUGACAUUUGAUACUGCUUUGCCAUCCACUGGAUAUGUUGAAAUUCUAUUUCCUUAGAAUUAAUAUCAAAUAGGAUUGACUCCUGCAAAACCUGUUAUAUAUGCUCCUUAUCCUAAUGUCGCAUCAUUUUCAAAAGUUAACUUAUGGAGUGUUAUUAUAGGUCUUCCAAAUUGGCCAGCUAAUACACCUAUUCAAAUUAUGGUUUCAGGGGUUUACAACCCAAGUAAAGAAGGUGGUACAGGGCAGUUUUAAAUUUCUACCCUGGCAUCUUACGAUUUUGUAUCUAAUCCAAUUGUACCAGGAACUGUAUUAGAUCAAUCAAAACAUUUCACUGUUGUAGGGUUAUCCAAGCCUUCUACAAAUUUGAUUUCCGCCAGCGUAAAUUUCAAUUCCUCUUCUAGUCAGUAAGCAGGCUAGAUAAGUAUCUACAAUUUUUAUAUGGUGCCUAGUUCUGAUCUUCCUUAUAAUGUUGAUUUUCGUAUAACAUUUCCUUCGAUUUAUUCUUUGACAUAUGUUAUUCCUUCUUAGUGUGGCAGUGUUGCUAAUAGUGCUGGAUUAAUUCUUAAAGGAGGAUUUUAUUGCUAAGUGUUAUCUACAUCACCCAAUGUUCUCACAAUAAAAGGAAACGGAAGUCCAAUUAUAAAAGGUACUUAGGUAGCACUUGCAUUAUUCCAAGUUUAAAAUCCUUAAGUUUCUGCAAUUACAGAUUUGUUUAAAUUUGAAAUUUUAUUAGCAUCAACAAACUCUACACUUGAAGUUGCUUCAAACGUUUUAGGUCUCUAUAUUUAACCAGGAAUUAUCACAAAUAUAAACUUGCAACUUUACUACCCACUAUAUCAAAUGUUUACAGGAUUUACUAGAACAUUUGUCUUGCAAUUUAAACCUACAAAUCCUUUUAUUGCUGCACGUAUAGUCACCGAUUUUCAACUUAUAACAUCUUGCUAAAUAACAUCAGGAUUACUAGAUACAUCUUUAAACUCUAAUUCUAUCUGUACUCCAUAUGCCAACAUCAUGUUGCUAUCUAACUUUUAGUCGUAUGUAAGGAGUUAGUUUGGAAAUGAGUUUGUUCAAGUAUAAUUUGUUGCUCAAAUCAAAUCUUAUCCAGUCACUACAACAAAUAUUCUUUCAACAUAACCUGUAUCUAUAUCUACAUUCUUGGAUUAAAAUAUGCUUACUUUGGUAGAUUAAGAUAAUAGCACAGCCAGUACAUAAUUAGCAAUAACUUAGGCUCCUCCUACAACAGGUUUAUCUGUUGUUUUACCUGCUACUCCGAUAACAUUAAGCAACCUAUAAACUAGCACUCAAAGUGUAACAUUGACAGUGAGUAUAUAAAAAACAAACUUACCAUCUGGUGCUACUUCUUGUCCUGCUACAUUUUAUAUCGAAAUACCAGAAGAUUUCUCAGGAAUUCCAGCAUGUUAAUUUGGCGGUACUAAUUAUUAAUGUUCCUUAUAAGGAGGAUUAAUUAAAGUAGCAGUUACUGGUUAUACUCUCAACGUAGCUACAGUUUAAACAUUGACUAUUUCAAAUUUAGCUAAUCCUAGUAUACCUGAUAACUACAACAUCAGAGCUAAUAUUUACUUUAGUGAUACAACUGGUUUAUAAUACAUUUAUACCUUAAAUCAAGUCUUUGCAAUUAUUUCUCCUCCUUUAAGUAGCCCUGCUACAUAUACCUUAUCCACAUAGUAACUAUAAAGUUCAAUGCUAUUUUUUGUUUUUGCCUUUAAGAGCUCAUUACCAUCAGGUGUAAAGACUCUUGCAGAUCCCUUUACAUAAUUUUCUUAUAUAGAUAUUAUUGUCAGUGGAACUAGCAAUUCUUAUGGUCUAAGUUCUAUCCCUGAUCUUAGCAUUAUUGAUUGUAUUUCUCUUCCAUAAACAGGUACAGAUGCAUAGGGUCUUACUAAUGCUCCUGGUUAUUAGAUUUAAUGCUCAAUUUUUUAAAAUUUAUAUCCUGGAAGUAUUGUGAUAAGAGUAUAAAAUUAUGAUUAACUUUAAUCUAUCUAAACAUCAUAGAAUAGAAAAAUUAAAAUUGGUGUACCUGUAACUUAAGCAGCUAGUAGUGAUACUCCUCAAUAUAAAAUUUAAAUAUACAUAUCUACAAAUAAGAUAGUAAGAUUAUAUUAAAGCCUACCACUUACAAAUAUAACACCUGUACCUACAGGAAGUAGUCUACCUGCAGCAACAUCCAUCACAACUACACCAAAUCCUCCAGAUAUGUAAUAAUCUUAUUAAAGCUAAGUUCCACUUACUGGAUUUCCAGGAUAGGCUAUUGGAACUUACAAUGGUAUAUUCUUUUAACUAGCACCAGGUUAUGUGUUUGAUGUUACACAAUAAUAAAUCUCUGUAAGUGGAGUAUCAUACACUUAUUUGACAGAUUUCUUUUAUUUAUCAAGAAUGAAUUAUAUUUUGAUCAUUACAAAAUCAGCACUUCCAUCAGGAAAUGUCAAUAUUAUAAUAUAAAACAUUAUCUCACCAAAUUAUUCAUAUGCAACUAAUGUAAAUAAUCUUUAUGUGAGUACAAAUUCUUAAUACGUAGCUGUUUACAGUGUAGUAUUUAACACUUAAGUUUUAACGGAUUCUACUCUUGCUCUAUCAAUUGAUUAUGCAACUCCUUAAAUUCUGUGGGCAAAAUAUACUUUUAAAUUUACAGUCAAUAUGCCAAAUGUAAAUAUAUUAGAGUUUAGUUUUCCAGCUUCAUACUAAAUAGCUCUAAAUGAUGCAUACUUAUAAGUGAUUAAUUUAGUUAAUAUCCAAAAUCAAAGCGUGAAUAAGCAAAUAUUAGUUUCAACUCCUAGCGCUAAUUUAGUUUAGAUUAGUUAGUUUACUGUCAUAGACCCUAAUUAAAAAGUAUCUAUCACAUUGACAGCCAUAGCAAAUCCAGCAGCAGGCACUUAUUAAAUAACUGUUACUCAAAGAUAUGCCAAUGGUGCAGGAUUAUUAUAUGCUAUAAGAUAAACAAAAGUAAAUGCUGUUAUAUCUGGAGCAGCCUUUACUCCAGAAGUGAUAAAUUUUCUUCCUAAUUCAAUAAACGCUCUUCCUAAUAAUAUUGGAAAUUCUGGAAUAUAUAUAUUUCAGUUCCAAACAACUCUUUUAAUACCUAAGGGUUCAGUCAUUACAAUAACAUUUCCUAGUGAUUAUACUUUAUUGUAUCAAAAGUAGCAAUCUUUCAUUCAAUGCUCUGAGAGAAACAGUAUAAUUUACAUGUCAAACUGUGCUAUUGUAACAGGUGCUAACUAAAUUUAGAUGACAACCUAUGCAGACUCAAAUCCUGCAUUAAAUGUCAUAUUAGAAUACUAUGGUCUAGCUUUAAAUCCAUCAUCACUGUCAUCGAACUUUAACUUACAAAUUAACUAUAAAAGUACACUAGUAUUUAGCACUGGAACAUCAGUUAGUCCUACAAUAUCAACUAAGGCUCUUCCUUUAGCUUCUAGUUCUUUAAACUACUACCCACAAAAUGAAGGAGAAAGAGCUUAUUACGAAUUUACAAUUUAAUUUAGUACAGUAACAGCAAUUUCUUCUACUUAAUCAAUCUUAGUUUACUUUCCUUUAAACUAUGAUAACAACCUAGGCCCAUAUAAACUCAUAAUUACUUCAGAAUAGCUUUAAGGUGCUCUUAAGUACAAAUAAUAUAGAAGAUAGUUAGUAAUUUACGGAUUUUACAGUAUGACAAUAACAUAGCCUAUUACAAUUAAAAUUUUUGGUAUAGUAAAUCCAAAUAGGACGACUAAUUAAGUUUAUGUGAGUGAAUUGUUUGGCAUAGGUUUACUAGAUGUAAGUCUACCUAAAGCUUUGCAUGGAUAUAACUUAAUUGAAGCAGCUUAUUAAACUAUACCAAACAUAUCUCCUUAGCUUACCCCUGGAGGAAUUAAUUUUGUUUCAAUUGCAUCAACAAACCAGUAUGCGAGAUAAACAGGAAAUUUUACAUUUGUCAUUGAUCCACUCUAAAAAGUGCUUUCUUCAUAAAAUGGAGGAUAAAUAUAUUUUGAUUUUCCUUAAGAUUUCAUUGUCGAUUCAUAUGGAGGAACAUGUAGCAUAAAUUAAAGCUUUUCAUUUUUUUCUAAUUGCUAUAUGAAUGAUGAAAAUUUGAGAUUCUACUACCAAACGAUCAAUCCACAAUGGGAUUCUUCUGUCAAUGGAUACAUUUCAGCAACAAUAAGUCUUAUAAGGACUCCUGAUUCUAGUGGUCCAACAAAUAAUUUCAUAGCUUAUAAUUAUGAUAGUAUUAAUUAAGUAGUUUUAGGAAGAUCAUAUCCAAAUUUAUUUAUUGCUUCCCUUUCAUUUUCUUAUUAAGGUAAGCUUAUUACUGUGAACAAUGAUCAACCAUAUAAUUUAGAAGUUGGUUCUUUCUCUGACACUAUCACUAUAGCAUUUAAUGUUAAUAUAGUGAAUUACUCUGCAGAAACAACUAUAACUCUUACACCUAAUGUUUUAGACCCAUCAAUAAUUAUCUAACCUUUCCCUGUAGUUCUUCAGUACAAAUCUACUAGUGUAACAUUUAAGAUAGCAGCACCAAGAUCAAUUUUGCUAAAGACAUUUUAUAUAACAUGGUCUAAAACUGGUGAUACCUUCCCUCCCACUUAUGCUGACCUGAGGAGGACACAAAUAAAUAUGGUCUCAGGUACUCUAUUAAGAAGUGUAAGAAUUGAAAAUAUUCCUUAUAUUCCUUAAGAUGGUGAAAGUUAUCCAUUAUAUCUACGUGUACCAAAUCCACCUUAUACAGGGUUGACUGUUCAAAUUUGUUUUGACAAUCUUUUCUCAGGCAAGCAAGAUUUUCAAAAUUUUGAAGCUUCAGUGAAUACAACAAAUGUUAAUUUCAAUAUCCAAACAAAUACCAUGGCCUAUACUGUCUUUUUUAGAAAAAAUUUGACUGUAAGCAGUGUACCUAUCUAUUAUUAACUUUCAGGAGUUGAUAUGGCAUCCUACUAAUUAUUCAUUUAUGAUGUAGAUAAUGAUCAAAUUAGUGCUGAUAUACCAUAUGACCCUCUUGUUGGUUAAACAAUUAAUAAAAUUGCUGCAAAUUAUGUUGCUCCUAAUUUUAUAAAUGUUAAUAUACAAUAACAAACUGUAGGAGGAGUAUUGUAGCCUAUGAUAACUAGAACUUCUGUAACUCUUUCUAUAUAGGCAGAUUAAAAAGGCUUCUUAUUUUAUGUUGUUGCUAAUAAAAGAAUUCCUACUCCUACAUUUAUAUCUACAUCGCAACCUAGUAGCAACUACACUUUAUCAUUUAGUAAUCCUAUUUAUGGAGUUAAUUAUAUCAGAAAGACAAACCUUCAAACAUAAUUUACAAUAACUAACUUGAAUGCUGGCAUAGAUUAUGAAAUCUACAUAUAUAUAAUGAAUAUGAAUUUGGUAAACAAUGCAAAUUAUUACAAACUUGCUUUCAGCACAUUAUAACCUUAAAACAUAGCUGCUUUUACAAUGAAAAUAACUCAGAGCAGUAUCUUAAGUGAUGUUAAAUAGGAGUAUAUCACAAAGAUGGCAAGUCUUGUAUCAAUUAGUCCUUCGAGAAUAAUUGAAAGGUAAACUAAGUGUCUCAGCAUUAAUUUGGAUGGAUCAAAUUCAGCAAAUGUGAUGUAUUGGAAUCUCCUAUUGCUCCCUGAUCCUACAAACGAAGAUUACUUAACAACUCCUAUUAAUAUUGUUGCCUAAUUGAAUAACAGAAUUUAAGCAAUUUAGCAAUUUAUUCCUCGUCUUGACGUAAAUACACCCUUUAUAAUGUCAAACUUGUCCUUGAAUAUCCCUUAAUUCUAAAUUGCUCCAUACAUGGCAAACAAAACAAUUAAUUCAGUAACAAUUAACGUUGGGUUUAGUUAUUGUGGUACACUCAUAGCUGUUGGUAUUCCUAGACUAAAUAGUGAAAAUAGUACUAUUACAAAUACAACUUCCCUUCUAAGUUAAGAGGCACCAGGAGUAAUAUACCCCACUUCUUAUGAAAUUUCACAAGGUCUAAAUAUGACUAAUUUACCUGUGAACUAAAACUUAUUUAUAUAAAGCUAUAUUAAUUAAAUCAACUCCCCAUUUAAUAUAACCUUUUCUAACCUUUCUGAUAGAACUGUGUAUGAUUUUUACUUAUCUACUAUAAAUGACUUCCCAUAGUUUAAUUACUUGUUAAACGAUAAUUCUGUUGUUAAACUCUCCAUCAAAACGCUAAAAAACAAAAUUCCUCUUAACAUUUAUACUAUAUAGAAAGGAUCAUAUUUAGAAAUAUGCUUAACCUUAUUAGUAUUUCUUAUAAUAUUUAUCUGA